AUGCGCACGUGGCUUAGUCCUGCAUUGUUGAAUAGACAUAGGAAGUCAAAUGCCCUGAAGAUUCAACGCCUGUUGGCAGUUUUACAGAUUGAUUCAAAAGAUGUCAAUUGCCAUAGACUCACGCCGUAUUUGUAUCCCGCCCAUGUACAAGACAAGUUCGAUGGUUUGAUUAGACUGUCCUCUACUUUAAUGAAUCUGCAAAUAUUGCAGCAAAAUAUGUCAUUCUAUAGAAGAUCCCCGACUGAUAUAAACAAUUUUGAUUUCAAUUGUUUCGAUAAAUCAGCUAAAAAUUCCAGAUAUUCGUUGCUUCAAAAUGGAAACCUCGAUGGAAAACAGAUUAUUAAACAAUUCCUAACCAAGAAUAAUCUAUCAAACUUGGCAAAUCUGCCAAUACCGUCGAAUAAAUUACCCACUUCAAUUAGAUUUAAAUUUAAUCGUGACUCGUUGCUCAUGAUUUGUGGUCACCUGAUCAUGUGCAAUUACCCGGACACUCACUUUAUGUCAAAAAUUAUGAAAGGGUGA